GAUCAAACGGGCGCUAUGCAGAGUGCACUGAGGUCUGGAAGAACCCUUUGCUUGCAUUCUGUCACUCUACUCAAUAUCGUGAAAAUGGUGAAAUCUCCAGAAACAGAGCACCCUCUCAAGGCGUUUGGAUGGGCUACAAGAGACACAUCUGGACUUUUCUCACCUUUCAAAUUCUCCAGAAGGACGACCGGAGAGCGUGAUGUGCAGUUCAAAGUGUUGUAUUGUGGGGUCUGUCAUUCGGAUCUUCAUAUGGCCAAGAAUGAAUGGGGCGUCACUCAGUAUCCUCUUGUUCCUGGGCACGAGAUUGUAGGUGAAGUAACUGAGGUUGGCAGCAAGGUGGAGAAAGUCAAGGUUGGGGACAAAGUAGGAGUUGGAUGUAUGGUUGGAUCAUGUCGCCAGUGUGAUCAAUGCACCAACGAUCUUGAAAAUUACUGUUCUAAAAUGAUACUUACCUAUCGUUCUAUUUACACUGAUGGUACCAUGACAUAUGGAGGUUAUUCUAAUUUUAUGGUUGCUGAUGAGCACUUCAUCGUUCGUUGGCCUGAGAACUUUCCCCUCGAUGCUGGUGCUCCUCUCUUAUGUGCUGGGAUUACAACUUACAGCCCCUUGAGGUACUUUGGACUGGACAAGCCAGGAAUGAAUAUUGGUGUUGUUGGUCUUGGUGGGCUUGGCCAUGUAGCUGUGAAGUUUGCUAAGGCUUUUGGUACUAAAGUUACAGUUAUCAGUACAUCUAUUAAUAAGAAGAAGGAAGCUAUUGAAAAACUUGGUGCCGACUCGUUUUUGGUUAGUCGUGAUCCUGAGGAGAUGAAGGCUACAGCUGGGACAUUGGACGGGAUCAUUGAUACUGUAUCUGCUGAUCACCCCAUUUUACCCCUGCUUAGUUUGUUGAAGCCUCAUGGAAAGAUGGUACUGGUUGGUGUUCCGAACAAGCCAAUUGAGUAGCCAGCGUUUCCCCUGAUUACAGGUAGAAAGUUAAUAGCUGGCAGUGGGAUAGAAGGAAUGAAAGAGACCCAAGAGAUGAUUGAUUUUGCAGCAAAGCACAACAUAUUACCAGAUGUGGAGAUCAUCCCUAUUGAUUACAUAAACACUGCAAUGGAUCGCCUUGGGAAAUCUGAUGUUAAAUACCGGUUUGUGAUCGACAUUGCCAAAUCAUUGAAGGCUGAGUAAUGCAAGCUUCACAGUCUCAUGAAACUUAGCUUCAUUAGUACAAUGAAUGCUGUUGUCUAGAUGAGAAGAUUGUCAGGAAAUUUGUUUUUAGAGGCCUGUAUCAUUUCUCAUUUUCCAUUAUCAGCGGACUCUCUUUUUUAGCAAAAGUAGGAUAUCGACAAAUAGUUUGAUUUUCAUGUUGGUGGUGUAUGAAUGACACUCCAUAGAUGUGGUUUGCAUGUUAGUCUACUUGACAUAUUUUCAGUCUA